AUGUUUAGCCAAAGAUAUGAUCCUUUAGCAGAUCAAAGUAAUGGUAUCCAGCCAGUAAACUCUGGAUUUGGUGUGAGUCUAAAGAAAAGAAAAUUAAGUGAGAGUGAAAGCUCCGAAGACGAAGAAGAGACAAAUGAGUCUGAACAUAAUCCAUCCCAAGAUCAAAACAUCAGCGAAGAAGAAGAAGAAGAAGAAGAAGAAGAAGAAAAUAAUAGUAAAAUUGAUGAUAGAAUGGACAUUGAUCUGCAACCAGAAGUAGAUCAAGACUAUAUUCACAAACAUCAAGCAAUAUUCAACAAAUUCAAACAGUCGACAGAAUCAGAAGUAAUUGAACAAGAGCAUGAAGAAAACGAAGAAGAGAAUAAAAAUAUUGAACAACAUAGUCUUGUCCCAUUACCGCAACCCGCAUUACCAAGAGAUCGAAAACUAUCAUCUGUGUCAACUCAUACAAAGAACCUAGACUGGUUAACUAAACCACAAUAUGCUUCACCCCAGGAUAAAGAACCAUUUACAAAUUUUAAAUUAUCAUCGUUCAUGAUAAAGAGUUUGGAAAAGAUGGGAUUCACAGAAGCAUUUUCUGUACAAAUAAGUGUUCUUAAGAUGAUGUUACCAGAAAUUGAAGCACAAAAGCUAAAGCCAGAUCGUGUUGGUGACAUUCUUGUGAAUGCCUCUACUGGGUCUGGUAAAACUUUAGCUUAUCUGAUUCCAAUAAUUGAAAGUUUACACCGAAGAGUGGUUCCAAGAGUGAGAGCGAUUAUAUUGGUUCCGACAAAGCCAUUAAUCAACCAAGUCAAAUCAACAUUAUUACAACUCUCAAGUGGAACAAAUUUACAAAUUGUCGCAUUGAAAAAUGAUAUAUCUAUAAAUGAUGAAAAGGAUUUGUUAACCAGAUCUGUUCCUGAUAUCAUAGUUAGUACCCCAGGUAGGCUUGUGGAACAUUUACUUAGUGAUUCCAUCAGUUUAUCAAGUUUACAAUAUUUGAUAAUCGACGAAGCCGAUAGAUUAUUGAAUCAAAGUUUUCAGAAUUGGUCGAAUGUGUUAUUAGAUAAAAUAGAUACCAAAAUCAACAUUGCCGAAGUUUGGAAAUUAUCUGUGCAGAAGUUGGUGUUUUCAGCAACAUUGACAACAGAUGCUGGGAAAUUAUCGAGUUUGAAGUUUUAUAACCCAAGGUUGGUAAUCGUCAAUGAUUCUAAACAAUUGGUAAAUGAAAUAUUCACUGUCCCCAUGACAUUAUCUGAAUUCAAGAUUCAUUUGGGUGUGGCGAAGAAUUCAUUGAAACCAUUAAUUUUAACCAAAUUUUUAAUAUCAACAAACAAGUUAUCUAAUGUGCUCAUAUUUACAAAGUCCAAUGAAUCAUCCAUAAGAUUAACUGAAUUGUUAACUAGCUUAUUUCAAAAACUAUCAGUCAAUUUAAACGUUGCCUUUAUCAAUUCAACAAAUAAUAGAACAUCAAUUCGUUCGAAAAUACUAAAAAAAUUUAGUAAUCAGGAAGUCAACAUAUUGGUCACCACUGAUUUAAUUGCCAGAGGGAUUGAUGUAGCAUCUAUUACUGAUGUCAUCAACUACGACUUACCAAAUUCUUCCAGAGAGUAUGUUCAUAGAGUUGGAAGAACUGCAAGAGCCAACCAAGUGGGGUAUGCAUACAGUUUUUGUUUUGGUAAGGGAGAGAAUAGUUGGUUCAACAAAUUGGCACAUGAGGUGAGUCGAAGUAAAGAAGUUGAAAAUGUUGAUUUGAAUGUAAAAGAAUUGAUUUCCGAUAGAGAUGAAGAGAUUUAUCAACGAGCGUUACAUGAAUUACAACAACAAGCUAAGAAAUAA